GGGGAAUUGUGCUGUUAUCGUAUUUGGAGAUUUGAGUUGCUGUUAUUUAUUUAUUGACUUAUACAUUUUCGUUUCCUCAAGCAGAUUUAUACUAAUUUCAGUGACUAAGGUCAUACGUGCGGUGUCACGGCCAGUAAACAAACACUGACAAGUGACCUAAAAAAAAAAAAAGAAGGACGGCGAUAACUAACCACAUGUAAUGUAUUUUCGUGAUCCUUCUGUUGUCGUGUUAUCAGGUUUUGGGGCAGAUUGUAGGCAGCAGGUGUGUGUCGGACUCAGGUCAAGCACACCGCGUUUGACCAUCAGCAACUGUUCGUUAGAAGCCACGUUUUUAUUCUGGGUUAGGUUCCCAGUAGUACAGAGACGUUCAUUCCGAACAGAGGUAUCCAUGCAGUGUGUACCGCAAUGCAAGACUGAAUGAAAUGGACUUUGACCACCUGGUUUAUACCGUGACGCAACAUUAGCAUGCCACUCGUUCACUAGAACCAUUCAGAUGGACCCUUCAACCAACGAAGAAACCACCUCGUUUGUAAAUGGUGGACUCGUGGAGGCCAGAAACCACGCCAAACGAAAGAAACCACCCCGACAGACGUGGGACCGAAACCUUGAUUUCAUCCUCUCGCUGAUUGGUUACGCAGUGGGUGUGGGCAACCUGUGGCGGUUCCCCUACUUGUGUAUGCGGAAUGGAGGAGGAGCCUUCUUAAUUCCUUUCUUCACGUUUCUGUUGCUGUGUGGGAUCCCGCUGUUCUACCUGGAAGUAUGUCUCGGCCAGUUCUCCGGCACCAGCUCCAUGUUUGUGUGGAAGCUCUGUCCACUGUUUAAAGGUGUUGGGUAUGGAAUGGUCAUAGUGUCGGGUAUGGCGUGUAUUUACUACAAUGCCGUCCUCACGUGGGUCAUCUACUACCUGGUCAACUCGUUCUCCCCCGUCCUGCCAUGGUCUACGUGCGGCAACUGGUGGAACACCGACACAUGUAUACAACCUCUUGUUGCCGCCGACACCAAUCUGACGAGGAGCGAGUACAACACAACGUACUUCAAUGCUACUCACCUCAACAUGGUGGACGGGAAAAGUUCUGCAGAAGAAUUUUGGCAAUACAAUGUUCUGCGGAAGUCAUCAGGUAUCAGUGACAUCGGCUCCCUUCAACUCCAUGGAUCUCUGUGUCUACUAGCAGCCUGGGUUCUCGUGGUCCUCUGUCUCUUCAAAGGGGUCAAGUCGCUAGGCAAGGUUGUAUAUGUGACAGUGCUACUGCCGUACCUGCUACUAACUAUAUUUCUGGUGCAAGGAGCAAUGCUGCCGGGGUCAAUGGAUGGGGUUAUAUACUACAUCAAGCCAGAUUUCUCAAGGCUAAAAGAUUUCAAUGUGUGGAUUGAAGCCUGUCUGCAGGUGUUUUACUCACUUGGGCCGGCCUGGGGUGGAGUUAUCACCAUGGCAAGCUUCAACAAGUUUCACAAUAACUGUUUCAGGGAUGCAGUGAUUGUCACCUUAGCAGACGGACUAACAAGUUUUUACGCUGGAUUCGUUGUCUUCUGUGUUGUAGGUUUCAUGGCUAAGGAAGCCAACAUUCCCAUAGAAAAGAUGGCAUUACAAGGACCCGGUUUAGCACUUGUAGCCUACCCAGAAGCCAUAUCGAAGAUGCCAAUUCCUCAACUGUGGGCAGUGUUGUUCUUCCUUAUGUUGUUGACUCUUGGUCUUGAUAGUCAGUUUGGCAUGUUUGAAACCUUGGUAAGUGGAAUGCUGGAAGCUUUCCCAAACAAACUCGGCAAUAAGAGGCUGCUCGUGACGUCAGCACUGGCUCUAGGAUCCUACUUCAUAGCCCUGCCAGUUGUAACAAACGGUGGUAUAUAUGUCUUCCAACUACUGGAUUGGUUUGUUGCUGCAUUUUGUGUGUUAGUGACAUCAUUUCUCGAGUGCCUUAUCAUUGGAUAUCUUUACGGAAUUGAUCGAUUCAGCUCCGACAUAGAAAUGAUGCUGGGCAAGCCUCCGUCCAUUUUUAUUAAAAUCUGCUGGUGCUUCAUCACCCCUGUCAUGAUGUUGGUGGCUUUUAUCUUCACAGUUGUGACGUACACAUUGCCCACUCUCGAUGGUUAUGUUUACCCACAAUUCUGCCACUAUAUCGGAGUGUUCAUAGCUCUCAUUCCCACGAUACCAAUUCCAAUCGUCAUGGUUAUGGAACUUGUGAAAGCAAAAGGAACUUUCAAACAGAGACUGAUAAAAUCAAUAACUCCUGCACCUGACUGGGGUCCGUCCAAGGUGGAAUAUCAAGAGAAAUAUUGUGAGCAAAAUAAGUCCAGAAUGUUCAGACCAAUUGACAAUAUUCUAACCAUCUGUAACAAACAUGUUUCUGUGCCAUGACUUCUGUAUUUGAAACUGUAAAUAAACUACGUGGAUUUGU